GUCCUCUGAUUGGUUGAAACCGGCAGGAAGAGAGCUCGUGUCGUGAGAUCUGUCAAGUUCGGACAGAUCAGCCAACUCCUCACACAAAGUGCCAUCAGAACAUCCCUUUAGAACCACAAAAAUACUGCGUUCGCUUUUUUGUCGCCGUCUUUUGUGUUGCAGCGAAAUCAGGACACAUCUGCCGGCGUUGCUGCCCCAUUUUAACCAGAGUCACUUUUCCCGGAAAUACAGCGCAGAGGGCAUCGGUGUGAGGAUGGCUGCCUACAAGCUGGUGCUGAUCCGCCAUGGAGAGAGCUGCUGGAACCAGGAGAACCGAUUCUGCGGCUGGUUCGACGCGGACCUGAGUGACACCGGAGAACACGAGGCAAAGAGAGGAGGGCAGGCCCUGAAAGACGCCGGCUAUGAAUUUGAUAUCUGCUACACCUCUGUCCUUAAGAGGGCCAUCCGCACCCUGUGGUUUGUUCUGGACAGCAUCGAUCAGAUGUGGCUGCCCGUCCACCGGACCUGGCGCCUGAAUGAGCGCCACUACGGUGGCCUGACAGGUCUGAACAAGGCUGAAACAGCAGCCAUACACGGAGAGGCACAGGUCAAGAUCUGGAGGCGCUCCUUUGACAUUCCUCCUCCAUGCAUGGAAGAGGGGCAUGACUUCUAUCAGUCCAUAAGCAAGGACCGCCGUUACUCCGACCUGACAGAGGACCAGCUUCCCAGCUGUGAGAGUCUCAAGGACACCAUCGCCAGGGCUCUGCCUUUCUGGAACGAAGAGAUCGUUCCUCAGAUCAAAGAAGGAAAGAGGGUGCUGAUUGCUGCCCAUGGCAACAGUCUCCGAGGCAUCGUCAAGCACCUUGAGGGUAUGUCCGAGGAGGCCAUCAUGGAGCUGAACCUGCCAACAGGUAUCCCCAUCGUGUACGAGCUGGACAAGAACCUGAAGCCUUUAGGACCCAUGCAGUCUGGGGAUGAGGAGACCGUCAAGAAGGCCAUGGAAGCUGUGGCUGCUCAGGGCAAAGCCAAGAAAUAGACCCCCUUUCCUCUGGAUGAGCUAGAGUACAGAUCAAUCAUGUGUUUUUCUGUUAUUAAUUUAUUACCAAGUCAAUUACUGUUACCGUCAUUACAGACACACGAUGUGCACUUUAUUUUGAUGACACCCAGCUUUGGCACACUAAAUUAGUCUUUACUUUGUGAAAUACUGAAACACACAUGUCAGUAUAGUGGAUUUCAGCUAUAAUAUGGUUUAACUAUUGACCAAAAAGCAAAUUUCGGGACCAGCAAAUAUGAGCAAAUAUAGACUAACCCUGCAGAGUCACCCCGUGUAAUCAUUCCUAUUUCUGAUCCGUGUAGGUGAAGCUCAGAUGGAGCAGUAUAACCUAUAAAGAAACACUGGCUGUUGUUAAAAGGGCAGGUUGAUAUGAUCUGCACUGCUGAUAUAUGUUUGCUGUGGCAUUGUGAGAAAAAUAAAUAAAUGUUGUGAACCAUUA